AUUUCAGUUUUAAGCUGUUAAUCAAACCUUGUGAAAUUAUUUUUAGUAGAGCGACCUUUUUUUCGUUGACAAAAGAAAUAAAGAGCAUGUUACGUCGCACCAGGCAACAAAAAAAGGCAGCCAAAAACUCUUUUUGGCAACCAGGAAACUACAAAAAAACAACGAAACGAAUAAAAAAUGGUUACAAAUUAUGCUCAACGUUGCAAGAACUAUUUCAAGAGCGAGCCAAAAUAGAAGCAUCAUAUGCGAAGAACCUUAAAGACUGGGCGAAAUUGUGUAACGUAGUUUUAGAUAAAGGCCCUGAAUAUGGAACGAUGCGAAACGCAUUGAAAGGAAUAUUAGCAGAAGCCGAAUGUCUCUCUGAAAUUCACUCAAGGGUGAAAAAUCGGUUGAGAUGCGGUGAAUUUCAAGAGCUGCAAAUCUGGCAAAAUUGCGCAUACACACCGGUUUUCACCAAGAUUGAAGAGCACAAAAAGAUGAAGGAACAAUUUGAAAAAGCGCAAAAACCAUACGCAAAGCAGUUGGCAAAAGUCGAGCGGGCAAAACAAAAUUAUCACAAACAGUGCGAAGAUCAUAGAAUACUGUUGAAUCAAGUGCGAUGGGCUUCCACUGAAGUUAAAUUGUCAACAGUUCAAAAAAAAACGUUGGUGGCAUACAUUGAAAAAUCGAAAAGCAAGCUAAUCAAGCGCCGUGAGCAAUAUGAAACCGCAUUGCAAAAUCUAAACGAAUAUCAUCCAGUCUACGUACAUGAUAUGAGCACAUUGUUCGCGAAAUGCCAAGAAAUGGAAGCAGCUAGACUCACCUUGUUUAAGAGUGCCUUGUUUUCGGUGCAUCGAGCAUUGAACGUCAUACAAGAUCCGAGUUUGUCACAAAUUUAUGAAGAUUUCCAUAAAACAGUUGACAAUGCCGAUUACCGCACCGAUUUAGAUUGGUGGUCGAGACACUAUGGGGCCGAUAUGCCAGUUGACUUGCCAACAUUUGAUGAAUAUGCUGAAUUUCAAACCCUUGCAUCGAAAUACGAAGCGGUGUAUACACUGCUAGACUCGCCGAUUCAUCCGAAAUCAACACCAGAACAACCGCUACAAGACAGUCAAAUCGAUCAGACAUCGUUAAAUCCACCAAAUAGCAGUGAACAUCUAGGGUCAAGUGGUUUACAGGAGCAAAACGUUUAUUUAUCAAACCUAGCGAACGACAUAACUCCUGAUUCCGAAGUGCAAAGAAAUUUAUGUAUCACGGAUCAUUGGAAUGAUUUUUCACAGGCUGUUUCUUCCGUCGUCAAAUCGCCCUCAUCUAAUAAUGAGGAAGAAGAAAGCGAUGAGCAGGAUGAAAUAGAAAAAAAUGAGCCGCUCGCAGAGAAAGAAUUGUCCAAAAUUUAAAUAAAAACGCAACAAAAUUUCGAUUCCAAUUUCGGUGUUAAAUUAUCAGCUUUGAUGAAUAAUUUUAAUAAUUUCUUCAUUUGGCAAAAUUAUGGCUAAAAACAACAAUUGUUGUUGAAUAAUAAAAUAUUCAAGCAAAAAAUAGUGUUCAAAACCAAGUCAAACCAGUCAUUAAAAUAUAAGUGGCAACAAAAUGAGAUGAACGCACAAAAAUAAAUG